UCAGACACGUAUAACAUUGAGAACGAGUUUUGUAUUUGACACUUAGCACUUUCACACUAAAGCCUGGGUGGUAUCUACGCUUAGACUCGUUUAUUCUUCUUCUUCUCAGUCCACAAACUCUCUUCGGUUCCCCAAAGUGAAGCUUCAUAGUUCAUACCACUUUUUACAGAUAUAUCUGUAAGAAGUUUUCUGCUUCAACAUGCCACCAAAGCCCUUAGACUAUGAGUCUAUAAAUGAAAACGUGAAGAAGAGUCAAUAUGCUGUCAGAGGUGAAUUAUACCUUCGAGCUUCUGAGCUUCAGAAGGAGGGCAAAAAGAUUAUAUUCACCAAUGUUGGCAACCCACAUGCUUUGGGACAGAAACCACUGAGCUUCCCCCGCCAGGUGGUUGCUUUGUGCCAGGCACCAUUCCUACUUGAUGAUCCUAAUGUUGGUCUGUUAUUCCCUGCUGAUGCAAUUGCAAAAGCCAAACAUUAUCUGUCAAUGACUGGCGGUGGUUUAGGUGCUUACAGCGACUCCCGCGGCAUUCCAGGAGUACGGAAGGAAGUGGCAGAGUUCAUACAAAGGCGAGAUGGUUACCCCAGUGACCCAGAGCUUAUUUAUCUCACUGAUGGUGCUAGCAAGGGUGUGAUGCAGAUCUUACAAACUAUAAUUGGAGGUCAAGGGGAUGGGAUUUUGGUUCCAGUCCCACAAUACCCGCUCUAUUCAGCAACAAUUGCUCUCCUUGGUGGUUCUCUUGUUCCAUACUACCUAGAAGAGACUGCAAACUGGGGUCUAGAUAUCAAUGAACUUCGUCAGUCGGUUAACCAGGCUCGCUAUAAAGGAAUAACUGUUAAAGCAAUGGUGAUCAUAAAUCCUGGAAAUCCUACUGGACAAUGCCUUAGUGAAGCUAAUCUAAGAGAGGUUUUGCAAUUUUGUUUUGAAGAAAAUUUAGUCUUGCUUGGAGAUGAGGUUUACCAGCAGAAUAUAUAUCAGGAUGAACGACCCUUCGUUAGUGCCAAAAAGGUUCUGAUGGACAUAGGCCCUCCUUUAAGCAAGGAAGUCCAGCUUAUUUCUUUUCACACUGUGUCUAAAGGAUAUUGGGGUGAAUGUGGACAGCGUGGAGGAUAUUUCGAAAUGACCAACAUUCCUCCCGAGACAGUUGAUCAGAUCUAUAAAGUUGCAUCGAUAUCACUCAGUCCUAAUGUUCCAGCACAAAUAUUUAUGGGGCUUAUGGUCAAUCCACCUAAACCAGGAGAUAUUUCUUAUGACCAAUUUGUUAGGGAAAGCAAAGGAAUACUCGAAUCGUUGAGGAGAAGAGCAAGGAUCAUGACUGAUGGAUUCAACAGCUGCAGAAAUGUUGUUUGUAAUUUCACAGAAGGUGCAAUGUAUUCAUUCCCUCAAAUUCGGUUGCCGCCAAGAGCUAUAGAGGCUGCUAAACAGGCUGGAAAGGUUCCAGAUGUGUUCUACUGUCUAAAGCUUUUGGAAGCCACUGGCAUAUCCACUGUUCCUGGUUCAGGAUUUGGACAGAAAGAAGGGGUCUUCCAUUUGAGGACAACCAUUUUACCUGCUGAGGAAGACAUGCCUGCUAUUAUGGAUAGUUUCAAGAAGUUCAACGAUGAUUUCAUGGAGCAAUAUGAAGAUCAUAGAGGUUACUCACGGAUGUAAACAAAUCCUGGGGUGGAAAAAAAAAAGGUUGCAUUAUACUCUCAUUGCACAUUUUUAAAGCAGUUCAGUCUCUCUUAAAAAUCAUGAACUCCUCUUAAUUGAGGCUUCUACUUGUAAACCUUAUACUUUCUUCUAUAUCAUUCUGAACUGCUAAUCUUUAUUUCAUGUAUAUUUAAUCUUCCUUGUACCUUUACUAUGUUGUGACAAUACAAUCAUCUUGAAUUUCAUAUACUUCUCUAUUAA